AUGUUUAAAUAAGAAACAAAUCCAGUUGAUUUGAAGAUCCCCAAGUAUUGAAAGCAAAGAAAAUUCAAAGACCCAACGAAAUGAAGGCGAAACAAGCCCAUAGGGCAAUGUGCGCAAUAACGCUCGGAAUCAUAACAGUCUGUAUGAUCGCAAUCACCAUAUUUGCGGGAUUCAAACACGAGGUGGUUAAGUUCAAAACCAUGCUGGUCAGCAUUGUAAUAGCGCUGCUUUUCCAGUACCUAAUCGGGGAUCCCAUAAAGUUUGUGAUCCUUGCGAUGGACCGGGCCCUCUGGCCGCCGAAACUUUACAUACCGCCGCUUAGUGAUAAGUCCUACAAGCACGACCGCCGAGAUUUUCUGAAGCAACGCCUAUUGAGCCAAAAAUCCAACCUUAUGAUAUCCUCGCAGUAUAGGAACUGGAAGCUCAACGAGCAGUACAAGGUGAUUGCCCAUGACCUGUUUACCUAUGGACAGUACUAUCUCUGCCUAAUGUGCUUAGUAUUGGUUACUCGGGAUGAAACCCUCUACCACAACACUCGAAUUAUUAAGGAGCUCUUCAUGAACAACCACACGGACUACACGGGCCUGAAGGAGGUGUACUUUCUGAACCAGCUGUACGACUUUAUUGAGUCCACUCUGGUGAUUGCCUUUAAUACGAAUUUCAGUGGCGGGACCUCCACGGGAUGGGCUCACGCGGAGCAAACGGUUCUCCUAGGAGUGAUUCGCUUGCGCCAGCUGCGCGUGGUUAGUCCAGAUAUCGGCCUGAGCCGACCGGAGUUCUCGGAAAUGUACUAUAUGCCCGAUUGGCAGUUGCCAUACCGGCGACUGUACUACGCGGAUAAGUAUUGGCGGAUCUACGAGCCCUGGAUCCCCAUUAGGGUAAGCUUCGAGUUUUUGGAUGGCCUGCUCAUGAAUUUCGAUCAUGUGGGCCGCCUCGCCAGUUAUCCAGAGCUGUCGGGAUACGUCAGCCUGCUGGCCAGAAGCACGGCAAACAGCAUGAAGGUCUUGGAUUAUCUUCACGAGUAUCAUUGGUUGACCUUAAACACCUCGGCGGUGUUUAUAGACUUUACGCUGUAUAACGUGGACGUCAAUCUGUUUAGCAUCUGCACUUUGCGGCUGGAGAAAACUCCCUUUGGUGGCACAGUUCCGGAUGUUCAAGUGGAAAGCGCCAAGCUCCUGGAGGAUGUGGAUCAAAUGCCGUACACCGGGCUACUAGCCCUGCUUAUCUACGUGGUGGUUCUGAUUCAGUUCUCCCAAUCGCUGGCCCUGAAAUUGUGGUACGAACCGCAUUUGCUGAAGAGCAUUUGGAACAGGUUGGAUCUUUUCAUCUGUUUGCUAAAUGUGAUGGUGGUUGUGCUGGUGGUGCUUCGCGAGGCCCUAGUGGCCAGUAUGAUGAAGAAGGUCGAGGGUGCCAGCAAAAUGGAAUUUAUUGAUUUCCGGCGUCCAUCGCGGCUGCAUCAAUUGACCACGAUUACCGUUGGUUUUCUAAUAUGCGUAACAACGCUGAGACUUUGGCGGGUAAUGCAGUUCUCCAGUAUCUUUGAACUCUUCACCAGGACGCUCUAUUUGGCCUGGGCUGCGGUGGCCAGCACCGCCAUUGCUAUCAUGAUUUUCCUUAUGGGCUUCUGCUUCGCCGUAGUAACCAUAAAUGGGAAUAAUAGUGACAACUUUACCAACUUCGUCAAGAGCAUGGUAAUGUGCAUGUGCUUUUCAUUCGGCUUUAGUGCCCAGGUGAAGCCAUCGGAGUUAUUCUACGGCGGAAAAUGGCUGGGCAUGUUUCUAUAUGGCGUUUUGGCCUUUGUUAUUAUCGUCCUCUUGAUUAAUGUAUUUGUCUCCUUAAUCAACGAUUACUUUACUGUUGCCAAGACCAUAAGAGACCAUUCUGAGAAGGACCAUCGGAUCAAUUUUUUCCAGUUUCUGCGCGUUGAGUUUUCAAGAUACUUUACUUGCAUCCAUAGUUUACCCUGCUUUCGACGAGCGUACGUCCGAAAUAAGCGCACAGUGGCACAGAAUGUGAACCGGAAACUGAAUGUGAUGGACGCGAACAGGGCACUGCAACUUAGCAAACAAACAGGUGAUAAUCGGGUUGUCAAACGGCCAUCUGAUGAAGAUGAAGAAGUCCAGUUGAAACAUAAAGAUCGUGGCGAAAGGAUAAUCAACGUUGGUAACAUCCUAAACACUCAGUUUAAGUUGCUUAGCAUGAUCCUGUUUGAGGAUUAUGAAGAGGAUAAUUCUGAUGAAUCUGAAACAGAUCCGGAAGCAGCUGGAGGAUCACAAAAAAAAAUAAGGAAGAUCAACCUAAGAACGAAAAUGAAGCACAUGCCUAAAAAUAAGACUUCAAAUAUAAAAAUUUUUUUUUUUUUUUCAAAAAGUUAA